ACCCAAACCGAAGCCUCUCCGAAUCUGCUCAUCACGCGGCCCGAUACUCGUGCCCAUCGGCCGGGCAUCCACCGGACACCACCCCACCACCGCCUCACGCCUCGCCGCCAAAAUCACGCCGCGUCGCCGCCGCCGCCGCCGCCGCAAAGACACCUUACAGAGCUAUUAGUAGCUACUAUUCCACGGCCGCGUACUCCGGUCCGACUCGCGCGCCGCCGACGCAUCCUCCCGUCCGGCCAUCCCCCCACGCCCCGAAGCUGUUCUGCUCCGCCGCGAUGCCUCGGAAGUCGUCCAGGGGGAAGGGAGGCCCAAGGCCCGGCCCGAAGCCCGCCUCUCAAAACCCUAACCCCGUCUCCGAGAUCCCCCACGACGGCGGCGGCGGCGAGGCCGUCGACGCCGCCGCCGAGGCCGUAGGGCGCCUCGACGUCUCCGCCUGCCCCACCGCCGAGGAUGCUCCGGUGGAGCUUCCGCCGUCGUCUCAGCCGCCGCUGGAAGCUUCUUCAUCUGGGAGGGAUGAAUUGGGUGGGAGCCUUGAGGAGGAGGCUGUAAGGAAGCUGCAGGAGCUGGUCGGGUUUGGUGGGGAGGAGGUGGAGCUGACCGAGGAGGAGGCGGCCGCAAAUGAUCAGAGGCAGGAGGAUGAGAUCUUUGCCUUGGAGGCCAUUUUUGGAGACAAUGUAGUCAUUUUCAAAUCGAAGGGAGGCCAACGGUCUUUCCAGGUUCAUGUUUAUAUUGAGAUCCCAGAUGGUAUCGAUGUAUCGGCAAGGCUCGGUUAUGGUUCUGGAUCACUGAAAUAUGGAGCAGGCCAUGAUACUGAUGCCUCUGAUGAUCUCGUGUACAAGUUUAGAGUUGAGCACUUGCCGCCAAUCCUGCUAACGUGCCUUCUGCCUUCACCAUACCCUAGUCAUCAGCCUCCUCUUUUCACUAUCUCAGCAGAGUGGAUGAACAAAAUGAUGGUUUCAUCACUAUGCCAAAUGCUGGACACAGUUUGGGAGGAGCAAAAGGGCGUGGAAGUAACAUAUCAGUGGGCACAAUGGCUCCAAAGCUCUUCCCUAUCUCACUUAGGGUUUGCUAGUGAGAUAGUUUUAAGCAGUGAUUCAGCGUAUGAUCAUGAGUGUGGAGAUAAGCGUGCUCUUUCACAUAAUGCUGCACCCGAUGUUAUAAUUCCUAGGAUGAUGAGAUGGAAUGAUGAUAAGUGCCAUGAAGCCUUUUUACGUGCUAUCCAUGACUGCAUGAUUUGUUUCAGCGAGUUUCCUGGAACUGAUUUCGUCAAACUUCCAUGCCAUCAUUUCUUCUGCUUGAAAUGCAUGCAAACAUAUUGUAAAAUGCAUGUCAAGGAAGGAACUGUGGUGAAGUUGCUAUGUCCUGAUACAAAAUGUGGAGUUGUUGUUCCUCCUAAUAUAUUGAAAAGGCUUCUUGGGGAAGAAGAAUUUGAACGUUGGGAAGGAUUGCUACUUCGGAGAACUCUUGACUCCAUGAGUGAUGUAGUCUACUGUCCGAGAUGUGAAACUGCUUGCUUGGAGGAUGGAGAUAAUGAAGCUGUGUGUUCAAGUUGUUUAUUCAGCUUCUGCACGCUUUGUAGAGACCGCCGUCAUGUUGGGGACAAAUGUAUGUCGCCUGAAGAAAAACUACUUAUUUUGGAGAAACGCCAAGAAGCAGGAAAAUUACAGGGAGAUCAGCAUAAGUUUCUGGAGGAACUACGCAGCAUCAAGGCAAUUAUGAAGGACUCAAAAAUGUGCCCGCGGUGCAAGAUGGCUAUCCAUAAGAUAGAAGGAUGCAAUAAGAUGUCAUGUAGUAAUUGUGGCCAGUACUUCUGCUACCAAUGUAACAGUGCAAUUGAAGGUUAUGAACAUUUCAGGGGUUCAUGUAAGCUUUUCCCUCAGGAAGAGCUUGAUAGAUGGAACAUGCAAAUGAAUCCGAGGGUCCAGCGUCAAAAUGUUGCACAAGUGCAAGCUGAAAUGUUUCGGCAAUUUGCUCAUCCAUGCCCUACUUGCCGGCAACCAUGUCCGAAGAUGGGAAACAACAACCACGUCUUCUGUUGGGCAUGCCAGAAGCACUUCUGUGCACUGUGCCGGAAAACUGUCCACAAGACCUCACAGCAUUUUGGUCCAAAAGGAUGCAAACAGCAUACUGCAGAUCCCUGAGAGUUCUUCUCGUAUUACGCAUCACCAAAAAUACCUCGACGACAAUGCUAUUUCCAGAGGUUCUGUGCGCGUAUGCGAAUACAUAUACUCCUUGCACCAGGGUGUAUUUUCUUCGAGAUUCCAAGGUUUGGCCGUGAGUCUUGUUUUAAGUCUCCUGCUUCCUUGUACCAGUAAAAGCUCAACCAUUUAUAUUGGAGGGAAUUUUGUGCCGCUCAUUCAUUUAGCUCCGGACUUGUUAUUGAGAAUACUGUGUAUAUUCAGGAUGCCUGUCCUCUUACAUCAGGAACAGAAACAUGACAACAAUCUAUGGAAAAAUUCUUGCAAGAUUCUUUUCGAGAUGCCAGAUAGUGUUUGUUCUGUCCUGCAUUGGUGUGUAAAUAAAAUGGGAUUGUUACUGAGGAUUUUAAUUA